CCAUUAUCAUAGCUAGACAAAUUGGACGUCUCUCUCUCAUCUUUGUCCCUCCCUCUGACUGUUUCAUAGUCGUUUUCGAGUUUCAGCUUUCUUCUUCCUCCUCGCCAAAACCAAACCAAAUCAAACCAACCUUUGGAUUCGCUCGGAGGUUGUCACAUUGAUUGCGUGAAAUCUGCAUGUGCGAAUGGCAACGGCAUCCUCUGAAUCCAACGACGCAUCAGAUCACGUGGUCGAGCUCAUUGUGCGCGACGCAUCGGCACCUUCUUCCGACGCCGAAGCCGAUCCCGCCGACGAUGAAAAAGACCAAAUUGCCCCUCUUCUCUCCCACCCCGAAAGACCCAAGAUCAACAUCUUCACCGCUUCUUACCCUCGCAGAAAACCCAGAGAUGAAGUCACGAGAUUACUCGAGUCUGAGAUAUCUCCUUUGACUCAGUUUAUAUUGUGGGUUUGGAAUGGGUCCAAAUACUCUGGUUUACUUUGUGUGGCCCUUUCAUCUACCAUCUACUUUCUCAUGGGAGUUCUUACCAAUAUAUUUUCUGUUCAGGCAAUUCCUUUGUUUGAGACUGCUUUUACAAGAUGUACAAUUAUCUUGAUACUGUCAUAUUUGUGGUUGAGAAGGAGUGAACAGCCACCAUUUGGAACACCUCAUGUUAGAAUCAUUUUACUUUUAAGAGCCCUUACAGGCUGUAUAUCAAUGUCAAGUUUUGUAUAUUGCUUUAAGAAGUUGCCUUUCUCUCAGGCCAUUGUAUUGAAUUCAACAAUUCCAAUUAUGGCUUCAAUUAUGGCCAGGAUCUUUUUGCACGAGAAAUUGAAAGUGGCUGAUAUUGCAACUGCCUAUUGUUCAGUUCUUGCUUGCAGUUUCUUCGGUGUGCUGUUCUUCUUCCGAGAAAUGCUUGCUACAGAAGGACAGUUGGUCAAAGCUAAGCAAGCAAGCAAUGCGUAUGCUAAGAAAGGUCAUCACAUAUUUGCAAUCCUAUCAGGCCUCUUUUCAUCAAUAAUGUGUGGUACUAGUUACUGUCUUAUAAGGGCUGGAGCUAAGGCGUCCAAUCAGCCACUGUUGACUGUCUUUUCAUUUGGCUUAUUGGCUAGCCCUGCAAUGGGAUUAUGUACUUAUAUCUUUGAGGAUUUUGUGUUACCAGGAUUUCAGUGUAUUUUACUUAUGCUUGUACUCAGUAUUCUGGCCUUCUUUGCUGAGGUCUUGUUAGCACGCGGACUGCAACUUGAGAGACCUGGUAAAGUCGCUAACAUUCAGUACUUGGAGGCAGCACUAAGACAACUUUGGAGCCUUGCUUUUACAAGAGUAGCUCCAUCUUUUGAUCACCUCGUUGGGGUUUUACUCAUUGUUAUCUCUGUAUGUUCCACCUUGUAUAUAGGACCUGAUAAGGAGAUGGAAUGAUAUAGAUUUGAGUAUGUAUGUGUUAGGUUUGCAGCUAACAUGAUAACAUUUGUUAUAUUCAACUAGUUCAUAUAAAUUUUAGUCUCGUUUAUUGGUUUUUUAACAAAAAAACCACGUUAUCA